AUACUUUUUAAAAACUGUCUGACAUUAAAUGAGGCCAAACAUUAUGCUUUUAAAUGAGAAUAAUUAACAUUUGCCAUAUUUCAAUUGCUGACAGCCGGCAUUCUGUUAUCAAGGCAUCAUAGUGGUGAGUCUCCUGAAAGUCUAUUGUUUUGGUCCAGUGAAUUUCUUGCACAAAACCCAAAGUAGAAAUGGCAGUGUGGUAAUAAUACAGAUCAUUUUCAAAUAUUGGAGAAUAUUUUUCCGCUGUGUAUUAUGAUUGUGUUCAAGGUUUUAACAAACUAUAAUAGAUUUAGUAUCUAAAAAAAAAUAGAAACACACAGACAGAUUGCAAAGUGUGAAUCAGUGAGAGGAGGAGACCAGGAUGGACUGAAUAAGCCAUUUGUUUGUCUCUCUGUUGUCCUGCCUGGCCUUACUUGGUGCCUGGCUUCCAGGGUCUCUCCCGCUGCCUGUAUCGACCUCUGCCAUCGUCGCAUUGGCAUUUUUUUGCUCCUGUGAGAGCAACUCUAAAGCGUGUCUUUAUCUCGACGUCUGGAGAACUCGCUGCAGGCCUGACGAUGCAGGGACUGGGGAAGACGGAGAGAGGAGAGCAGGGACGCGACAUCGACCUGGCGUCGAUGAGAUCCACCAUGCCAGCCAGCGGCCCGCUGCAGGGAGUUUCCACACCUACCUUGAACAUGAACCUGUAUGCUACCAAGAAGACAGCAGCUGAAGGCAUGCUAGACAUCGCUCUGUUCUUGGCUAACAUCACGCACAUGAAGACUGUCAUUGAACAAGGAGCAGGAUACAGGUACUCCGCUGUACUAUGCUGCUGUCCUGACGCUCAUAUCCUUCUCCCUGGCUCUUCAGAUAGUUGCCGGCGUUUUGAUUAUCAUAAUAGGCCGUCGGGAUCUGAACAACUCUACUCUGCAAAGACGUCUGGACUACUUGAACAACAUAACAACCAUCAUAGUCUUCAUCACAACAGUCCUCAACUGCUUCGUCAGCACGUUUGGCAUGCAGCGGACUGGAUACUUCCCAUGGCUAAUGAUGCGCAUUCAUUAAUGCACACAUCAGCUCUACAGAAGCUUAUGACAUUUUUUUUGUUUUUGCAAAUUGGUAACUUUGCUUUGUAACUUUUUAAUAACAAACCUCGAGAGAAGGUGGCUUGGGAGGGAGAGGCGCUAUGCAGCAGACUGUUUAUUUAUCAAUUAGCCUAAUAAUUAAUUAUAGGCAUUUUUUCUCGUACUGAGAGUGAAUACUGGAGAAAUCCAGACAGGACAACUCCAAGCCUCUACGCUACACACAACUGUGCCAAAAAAAAGAAGACAAAAAUGCACAUAUGCUAAUUCUGUUGCUGAUUAUUUCUUUCCAGAAACAUUCCAUCCUCCUCUCUUCAUGCAGGAAAAGUUCAAUGAAGUAAUAGAGCUGAUCUCUUAAUUUCAGUUGCAUCAACAACACUUUUUAUACAGCGUUUUUGUUGUUGUUGUUGUUGUAUUCUUGGAAAAUCCCAGCCAAUUUCAUUUGUUGAGUCUCUGAAUGUAGGCACUGUGCAAUCAUGUGGUCACUAAGCAUUUUCUCUUUUCUUGCAGCUAAAUACUUGUAGAAAUUCUACCCAUUAAAUAUCGCUUUAUCUCUCGAUAUAGAGCUAUAUCUAUUUAUAGAAAAAAAUGUGUAUCUACAUAUAUAUAUAGAUACACAUGAAGACAUAUCUCUAUAUCUAUAUAUAGAUAUAUAUCAAUAAACCUUUUUAUAUUUAGCUGACAUUAUAAAUUGAUAAUAAAGACAAAAGAGAAAAUUAUUGGUGACAGGGCCUUCAUUUAAAGACUGUAUGUAAAUUAGACUAAGAUCAACAGCCAAUAUUCUCUCAUCAGGUUAUUGCAUUACUGACGUCAGUCUGUUUUGUGACUAAGCUUUCUUGUACACUUCAAUAGUUCCAUACAAGAAUGCAAAUGAAUGAAUUACUGUUAAUGCCAAAUAAAGUUUCAUUUCACUCAC